CUGGUGACGGCCAACGUCGGGUCCCUCUUCGACGACCCAGAAAACUUGCAGAAGAAUUGGCUUCAGGAAUUUUAUCAGGUUGUUCAUGCACACAAGCCCCACUUCAUGGCUUUACACUGUCAAGAAUUUGGAGGAAAAAACUAUGAGGCUUCCAUGUCUCACGUGGACAAGUUUGUUAAAGAGUUAUUAUCAAGUGAUGCGAUGAAAGACUACAACAGGGCUCGAGUUUACCUGGAUGAGAACUAUAAAUCACAGGAGCAUUUUACGGCUCUAGGAAGUUUUUACUUUCUUCAUGAAUCUUUGAAAAACAUCUACCAGUUUGAUUUUAAAGCUAAGAAGUAUAAGAAGGUUACUGGGAAAGAAAUCUACUCGGACACUUUAGAAAGCACACCCAUGCUGGAAAAGGAGAAGUUUCCACAGGAUUAUUUCCCUGAGUGCAAGUGGUCCAGAAAAGGUUUCAUUCGAACAAGGUGGUGUAUUACUGAUUGUGCCUUUGACUUGGUAAACAUUCAUCUUUUCCAUGAUGCUUCCAAUUUAAUUGCUUGGGAAACAAGCCCAUCGGUUUACUCAGGAAUACGGCAUAAGGCUCUUGGCUAUGUGCUUGAUAGAAUUAUAGAUCAGCGGUUUGAGAAAGUUUCUUAUUUCGUCUUUGGAGAUUUCAACUUUAGACUGGAUGCCAAAGCAGUAGUAGAGACGCUAUGUGCGAAGGCUACAAUGCAGACUGUCCGGGCAGCUGACACAAAUGAAGUAGUCAAGCUAAUAUUUCGUGAAUCCGAUAAUGACCGAAAGGUUAUGCUACAAUUAGAAAAGAAGCUGUUUGACUAUUUUAAUCAAGAUGUUUUUAGAGAUAACAAUGGCACCGCGCUUUUAGAAUUCGACAGAGAGCUGUCAGUCUUUAAGGACAGAUUGUAUGAACUGGACAUCUCAUUUCCUCCCAGUUACCCAUACAGCGAGGACUCCACCCAGGGAAAGCAGUACAUGAAUACACGAUGUCCAGCCUGGUGUGACAGGAUCCUGAUGUCCCACUCAGCCAAGGAGCUCAUUCUGAAAUCAGAAAAUGAUGAGAAGAUUGUAAUAUAUGACCACAUUGGGCCAAACGUCUGCAUGGGGGAUCACAAGCCUGUGUUCCUGUCCUUUCGAAUAGCUGCUGGGGCAGGUAAACCUAUUGCAAAUGUGCACAAGUGUUGUGUCGUGCAGUGAUGUGGUGGAAAAAGAUGCCUUCGGAACGAGAAGAUUUUCCAUGAAACAACACUGUAGCGAGGAGGGGAGGAAUGGCAGCAUCCAGAAAUACAUACCCG